AUGGCGAAAAUUUACAAAGACACAAGAGUCGACCUUCGGCCGUACUCGCCGAGCACCGUCGCCAACAUCCAGAUUCCAAACCAAGAGAGCUCGCGGAACCGCGCCCGAUUUUCGAUAGCCUCAUCCUUCGCGAGCCCUGAAGAACCAGCAGCGAAGGACGAGGAGGAGUUUUCUCGCCGAUACCUAGCUACACAGGGGUCAAUCUACUUCCGGAAACACAAAGUGUAUCCUCGAACCUUUCUCUGGCGGGUGGUUAACGACAACAAGGUCCUGGAGAUUCAGUGCGUGGAUUUGACAAAGGGAGGAAUUGAGCAUCACGAAUACGAUAUCACAUUACGCUUCGACUUCCAGGAAGAGAUCCUUCCAUCCGGGGUUGAUAUCGCUGACUUGGAGGAUCAUGACAUGUUGAGUGUGUUUGUGAUCACGGCUUCCAAGCAGCUACACACGUUGACUCUGCGCCCGGAGUACUUUCGACGACUAGCCGCAAUUGAUGAGAAUGUGUCUGAGUGGUGCAAAUCCUGCACCCCGGCACCUCUGGCUUUUUCUCAUCCCCAUCGGUUACAUGCAAGCAGUCCGCUCGAGUUGUUUAUUUCCCUUGAUAGCGGCGCGCUGCUGCGCCUGACUAGGAGGGCUGGUGAUGAUGGUUCGCAUUGGGCUCCUUUGACAUUUGAUGAGAGAACCUGGGGGGCGUCGAUACGCGGUCUCGUCCGAUGGCAUGCGCAACCCACUAUCAAGUACCAGGGACGUAACCUCGAUGUAAACGCGGCCAAUGCGAUCGCUACUACAUCCGAUCAAACUUAUGCAUUCGCAGUUUGUUUGAACCACACUCUGAAGAUAUGGAACCUCGCUACGAACAGACUAGCCGCCACGAAGGAUCUCUUGGACCGACCAGUACAACAGCAGGAAUCAGCAGCAUACUCGUUAAACCCCGCCGAAUCAUCGUUCAUUCGUGUGUUUAAUGUGGAGAGAGCGCUGGAUGGCGGUUAUCGUUACUACAUAGUCACCUAUUCGCCCUUCGAGGAUGGGCGCUUCAAAUUCUGGGCUGUCAAAGGAGGCCUGACGUCGCAGCUGGUCGUCGAGGACCUCUUUCCUGACGCUGCACUGACGCCAUUGGAUCCGGACUCUACAGGGAGCAUGUUUUGGAGUAUCGCUGAUUUCCAGAUCAAGCCCAUGGAGGAAGGGAAGCGUAUGGAGCUGUGGGUGCUGUGGAGAAAUAACAGCGUGUACCAGCUGUAUACACUGCAUUUCAGCUUCGAGACUCUGGUGACGGAUUGGGCGACGAAUUGGGUGUCUACGGCCAUGGACACGCGGACACACGCAUCAUUACCAGCUGUUACAUCAGAGGAUGCUCUGGACCCGACAGAGAAGUGGUUGAGCUUUCUCCUAAAGCCGAACCGAUACUCGCCGGAGGUACUUGAGACUGCUUUGUCUGUUUAUCAGGAAGCACUUCGGCCCCUGUCCUUUCCUACUGCACCGAAGAAAAGCGCCCCUCUUCAAGAACGACUCUGUUCGACGGUCGCCGCCACAGUUUCCCUUCGUAAGUAUGCGGAGGACGAUAUGGAUUUUACAAGAUACCGGGCAGACACAGACUCCAAAUGGCGCCAAUUCUGGCAGAUCGCGGAGGACAUCAACAAGCGAAGAUUCGCAGCGAUUCGCCUCGCGUAUGAUGCCUACAACGAAGUUCCGUGGAUGCUUUUUUCAGAUAGCUGUGCAGUCAUUCGCGAAUGUAGCCCUACCGAGUUGCUCCUGCAUAAUUCAGACUCCGAGCUUCGAACAGAAGGGCCCAAGAUAGCCGAUCGGUGGAGCCACAGGAACCUGGGCUCAGAGAUCGGCGAUUUGUUCGAACAAGCAUCCUUCUUGUUGAGGGUUGCUUCCGGUUUCAGGAAACGGUUCCCCCCUGAACUCGAAGCAGCGUGCCACUGUGCCCUUGAGGCAGAAGUCUAUGCGGAGCCUUCAUCGUCCAUCCCAGACCGGAUGGAUGCGUUCCGUGAGCGGUGCGACUUUACCGAGCAGAUUUCCAAUAAAACUUACGACGGCCUGCUUGCUGCAAUGAAUGAGCGUCUGAAUAUUUACAACUUGUCGAAUGAUGUCUUCUACACCAUCAUUGACACGAUCCCUCUCGGUUUCCCUGGCAAAGAUUCCGAACUCCUUCCCACUCGUUUCGGGGUGAAAGUAACCGUCAACGGCGCCCAGGAGACCAUCGAGAACACACGGCAGCUUCUCAUCGACCUUUUACUGCUCGUGGUCUUUGUGGACGGAGAGGUCCAGCAGGAGGAUGGGUCGACUUUCGAUGCCGGUGAUCUCUUUGCUACGCUCAUCUCUCUCUUAAGGGAAUACGAGAUGAUGUCCUGGCUCAGUUCGAAUGUCCGAAAGUGUGUCGACAAGUCUCCGAGCGUCAUUAGCGACACGUCGAACUCAACGUUCUCCCUGAAAGACUCCACACCCAAGGGCAAUGGGGAGCGAGUGGUGACUAUAUUGGAGGAUCUGUUCGCCACUGAUAUUAAACCUCGCCAAGCCAUUGGCUUACCCCAGAGCUACACGCUGACUCUCGGUAUUCGAGAUGUUCUUUCCUGGGUUACUCGCCAAGGGGAGGUGGCCUACCCGAAUGCGUUGGUUUACAUUCAGUGCGAUCUCAUUGCGAAGAACAACAUUGACCUUGCCUGGGAUUUCCUACGCUUCCAAGCAACCACAUCAUGGGCAACCUAUGUGAAGGGUCGUUUAUAUGUGGCGAUGUCCGAAUUCGACACUGCGGCUCUGUACUUCCGUAAGGCUGCAUACCUCCUCUCAUGUGGUAAACCUCUGGGAAACUUGCAUGAGAUGUCAUCAACGCUACUGGACAUCGUCUCGGUAGACUGCUUCCACAAUGGUCUCCCCAAAUACUUCCAACAUAUCCUUUCCAUAUUUGAACAGGCACGUUCCUUUUCACACGUGGCAGACUUUGCCAGCCUUGCACUGCAAGCGCUCGCAAGUGAGAAUAGGAAUGAAAAGGACCCGGAGCGGAUUAACAUGCGCACCGACCUGCUCUCGCGUCUGUUCUAUGCAUCCUUGAAGACCUGCCAGUUUGACCAAGCCUAUUCAGCAAUGUCUCGAUACGAAGAUCAUGCGCUGCAGCGGUCCGCCCUCUCCUCUCUCAUCACCGCCAUAUUGAAUGCAUCUGGGCCAGGCCUGUCUGGACUUCAGCAGAUUCUACACUUUCCCACAUCUCUCCUCCCAAAUAUCGCUACUCACGUGGAUGACACACUUGUCUCCCUUGCCCGGAAACAAACGUCCUUCAAUUCUCUAUUGGAAACUGGAACCAAGUGGGCCGACACCACGCCAGAUUAUCAGCGGAUCUUGCAAGCGUACCGUGUUGCGCGUAAUGAUUAUCGUGGAGCCGCCGAAAUCGCGUAUCGAAAUGUCCAACGUCUAAGACAUGCUAGAGAUAGCCCGUCGAAUCAUCUGGUUCUGGCCAAGGGCAGAGACACUGAUGACGCGCGGCAGACGGUUGAGGAGGACGACCCGGAGAGCAAGGAAAUCCGCAACGAGCUCCUUUCUCUGAUCAACCUACUUGGCUGCGUUGACAAGAGCGAAGCCUACAUCCUCGUCGAGAAGGAAGACUCAACAUCUGUGGUCCGGCGCCGCAGCGUUCAAGCGGACGAUGACGGCAAUGUCUUCAUGGACGAUGCAGAUGCCAGUUCUCUUACACCCACUGGAUCUAGACGCAGUAUCAGCUCCAGCACAAGCGCUAUAAAGCCUCAUACUCGCAAGGAUAGCAAGUCCUCAGCCUCCGGUCCGGGUGUCAACAACCACCGCCACCGACGAGUCAUAGUGACUCUCGACCACCUCCGUCGCGAGUACCAGUCCGAGCUUGACCGUGUCAGCAGAAUCGAAAGAGGAGAUUGGGAAUUUGGGCUUCUUGACGCGCCGGAAGCAGAUAAUGAUGAUACAAUGCUCCUUGCCUAG